AUGUGGCAAAAAUUUAUGGAGUUAAUUGGUGAUUUGAAACUAGAUUUUACAUCGGAGGAUGAAAUUCUUCAACUGCAAGGAGAUAUCAAAUCAUGGUUUGGAAUCUUUCUCAAUGUGUACCAAGCAAAAGAUGUGACCCCUUACAUGCAUGCACUACAUUGCCAUGUUCCUGAAUUCCUGUCACUGCAUCAAAACAUUGCAUAUUACACUCAACAAGGUUUGGAAAAACACAACGAUAGAGCUUCUAAAGACUUUUUCAGAUCCACAAAUCACAAAGGAAUUGAUGCACUUAAACAACUCUUUCUGAAGAAAAACAGGAUUCAGUUCUUGGAAGCAGCAGGCUAU